ACUCCGGCAGUCUCCGGUGCACACGAUAAUUACUUCACAACCCCGAGAUGUCAAUCAUUCCACGGUGACCACCAGCCUCAACACGAAAAUAUCCAUCCUACCUCGUCGAAUUAUCUUCCGUAGACUUUGAAAAAAUCGCGAAAAUGUACUAGUGUCAAAAAUGAAUUCUAAAGAUAAAGACAACAAGACCAUCGAUAAACUGAAACAAUUCUUUCGAAUAAACAAAGGGAAUUACAAGAGUCGAGAGGAUUUCACGCUGACCCAGGACAUCGAGAAAGUCAUAAGCUCAGAGAGCCCUGUGCAUCAGAGAACAAGAGCUAUUAAAGAUCUCUGCGAUCCUGUGUUGAAUCAACAAUGGGAGGACAGAGCACCGGAGCGUCUGUGGAGUCUAGUGGAAGAUCUCCUCCACAAGGACAUCCCUCGGGAGCAUCGUCAAAUAGCCCUGAACUUCCUCUGCUGCUUGGUGCAGGGCCAGUACACAAAGCUCUCCUCCCUGAUGCGCGUUAAAUUUUUCAACGUUGUAAAAUACCACGACAUAAUCGAGGACAUAAGCCCACGACUAGAGCUCCUCCAAAAGCUCACGGACAACGGCAAAGACAUUCUCCACUUGGAAGAGAAAAUGGGUCCAUUCCUCCUGGAGUGGAUGCCAAUAGUCACAGGUGGUGAUGGCAAAAGAGGUGCAGAAUUCCUCUCACUCCUGGUGAACGUCAUAAAAUACAACUCUGCAUACAUAGACGAGGACAUAGUGUCAGGACUGGUUCAGUACAUCUGCCACCUCUGCUAUUACAGCAACAGUUCAGAGGUUGUUUCAGGUUGCUUAGAGACCCUGGAUACCAUCGUCGGUUACAACAUCAAUCUCCAAUCCGACUCGUUGCAGACCUUCAUAACAGCCUUAUGUAGAUCAGUCAACGUCGAGAGUUACUGUCAGAUCAGCUGGAAGAUAAUGAGAAAUCUUCUGGGGACUCACAUGGGCCACUCAGCCCUUUACACCAUGUGCAGACUCCUCCAGGACCCAAACUUCCAACGAGACGUUCGUCUCCUCCGAGGUGCUGUUUUCUACGUGAAUAUGGGCCUCUGGGGUACCCACAGGAUCCACAAGCUCAAGUGCACCCCCAUCUCAGUCCUUCCAUCCUUCAUUCAAGCCCUGAAGUGCAACCACCCAAUCGUGAUGUACGAGGUUACCCUCUCGAUUCAGCGUCUGGUCAACAAAUUCGGUGCUGAGCUCCAGGAGCCGACCUGGGGAAUUGUCCUUGAUAUUAUCGAAGAAGUAAUAGCACAUACUGAGACCAGCAAUCAACCAGCUACAAGACAAGUCUCUUCCAGCCUCCAUGAGACAAUAAACAGCAUCGAGAAUCUGGUGGACACAUCCCAGUACAAUGGCUGCCUCCAGCGAUUCUACGAGCUCGUGGAGAGAUGCUCUGAUGCUCGACCUGAGAUAUCCAUUCUCAAACUCAUCGAUCACAGGGCUGCGUCCAUAGGUCCCACGUACUACAAAUGGCAGUCGAAGUUAGCUACACUGAUGGAACGAUACUACAAGACAGAGACAAGAACUAACAUCAGGGUUAAGGUGUUGGACGUUGUGACUAAGGUCAUUCAAGUAAAUAGGUCUAGGUACGAGGACGAGUUGAUCGAGAGAAUUGUCGUUCCUUAUAUCCAACACGUCGACGUAGAUCCAGAUAUAACAAUUCGAAAUGUGGCUGCCAAUCUUCUCGUCGAUCUCUGUCACGAGUGCGAGACCAAAAGGUGCCUGGAGCUCCUGGAUAUUCUCGAGAAAAUCAUAAACAAACCGUUCGCCGCAGACACUCCAAUCUCAGCGGAUGCCGACAUAAAAGAUAUAAAGACAGCUGUCGUUGGAGUGAUAAAGGUCCUAGUCAUAAAAAUCUAUAAUCUACCAUCGAGUCAUGCUAUUCGUGCCUACAGGAUCCUAGUCAGCCACCUAGAGCAGCACUACAAAGAUCCCCACAUAUUCCACGAGAUAUCGGCAAUCAGAUAUCUAGUAUUCGAGUGUUUCUUGAAGAUUCGAGCGAAUUCUCUCUAUCAUCUGGGAUUUCCUGACUGUACCACAGGGAUUGUCACGUCUUUCAGUGCUUAUUUAGUCCUGGAGCAUGCACCCUCGCCCCCUGAUCGUCUGUCCUCCGGUGGCGGAGGGAACAGUCCUCCACCACCACUGAGCCCAGCACCUCUCCAACACAUCUCCUGUCAAGUUACUCAUCUGUCUCUAGCCCAUGCCUGCAAGGCUGUGAUCUCCUGUAUAAAACAGGAGAAAGACUGGAAAGUCCUUCAGUUGAUCCUGAAGGAGAUGCCCCAGGUGAUGCAGAACAGGGCGUUAAUUCUCUCAAGACACAGUAACGAUAUCGAUUAUCUCGCAGCUGCUCUCUGCUCCAUGGUCAGUGACAAAUCCCUGAGACUCCCAGAAUCCCUCUACAAUGUACCCCAGAAAUUCACACUCUCUGAUUUUCGAGCUCAUGUUUUCCCUGUCCUGGCUUCCCUAGCUUCCUACCACGCACACCUGGAGCCAAACCUCCAACAACGAUUGAUCAAGUGCCUGGAGGUCGGUCUCACAGCAAAAUGUGCCAGUCAAUGCGUCACAAGUCUCACCACCUGCACCCUGGAGAUGCGAGACGCGAUGAAUAAAUUAUUAUCUGAAGUUUUACUGAAUCUCUCAAAAAUAUCUGCAACCGUUCACAUUGCCAUCCCCAUACUGGAGUUCCUCUCGACGUUGACGAGGCUUCCCAAGGUCUUCGCUAGCUUCAUUGGUGAUCAGUACAUGUCUGUCUUCGCAAUCCUCCUUCCCUACACAAAUCCUUUCAAAUAUAAUCAUUACACCGUGUCACUUGCACAUCACGUAAUCGCUGUUUGGUUCUUGAAGUGUCGUCUGCCCUUCAGGAGGGACUUUGUCAAAUUCAUCACGACUGGUCUCAAGGCGAAUGUCCUGGUGCCGUUCGAGGAGGGACAGCUGAUGAAGAGUGACUUCAGUUCGAUCAAUGAAGACUCGUCAAACAGGAAGAGAAGCUCGAGUCUGACUGAACAAGGGAGCAGAGGACGCAGGGAGAGACCCAUGUUAUCCAAUAGAAUGCUGGGAGGGGAUUUGAAACCAGAGAUUAAUGAGUCCCUCAAAACCUUCCACAAUGAGCUGACUGAGACUUGUGUAGACCUCAUGGCCCGGUACACCUUCUCCACGUACACAGCCAGACCCAAACGACUGCCAGCUGCUGAUUUCCUCCUGAAGGAGGGACAUUCCAUGACUUGGCUCCUUGGCACUCGAUUGAUCACUAUUACAACGAGUGGGUGCAGCAAUAAAGCCAUGAGGGGUGGACUCUGUGAUAACUGCUGGGUCGCGUGUAAAUCAGCUUCCACCCCUGAUUAUCUGAGUAGAAGUGGAACUGCGGGAUCUGGUGGGAUUCAGAGGAGGACCUCUAGCACAGAGGGAUCGAAGGAGGAAGGCAGCAGGCUGUCGAGGCAAUCCUCAUCGAAUACUGCAGCUAAUUCUCCCACUGAGGAAAAUAAAAAACUUGAGUGUGAGGAUGGGGAUGGAAGACAGGAUAAAUCCAGAGAGUUGUCUGGGGAUAAAGGGGAUGGUACGUCUUCACAGCAGUCGCAGCAGUCAGAGCCUAAUAAACUCGAGCAGAUUCUCAGUGAUCAAAAAGUAGAGGAGCAUUCUCCGUGCGCUUGCUGGUGUCAAGGCUGGGCUGAGAUCUACGUUCGAAGACCCACUGGUGACAUGUCCUGGAUCAUGAGGAUUCAAAACUCCAUGCAAUUCGAUGUACCCCCGGACUUCCCUCUCCAGGAUAUCACUGCUUUGUACAUGCCAACGCCCGAGGUUACCACGAAUAACAGGAGUCAGGAGUCAACGACAACCACAGAUUCCCUGGAUUAUGAGGUCGAGGACAGAUCUGAUGGGAAUAUGAAACCACCAGUGCUCGAGCCUCUACCUCUGACUCUGGUGAAUCCCAAGUCAUCGAGAUCCGAGUCCGGGCCAAUUGCCAUUCCUGGGUCCCCAGGGAGACCUAGUCCUUCGCGGCAGAGCUCCAGGGACAGCACUGAGAGCCUAGAGGAUGGCGAUGACGACUCGAGGAGAUCUAGGAAUCCUGUCAGGAGAUCCAACUCCAGUCCGGAAAUGAGCGCCAGUUGGAAGAAUCCAUUUUUGAAUAAGGAAAAACUGGUUCUGCAGAAUGAUCCUCAGAUCAAUCCGGAGUUCGACGUGAAGCUUGAUGCUGAGCUGAAAAAACAUGCUAAAAACGCUUAUGCCAAGGAUAUGAGAGUGAGUUGCGAGGCUAUUCCUGAGGAGAUCGCUGGGAUGGGAACGACUCCACCUGCAGUUGAACAUGCUCCAGAUCAGAUGAAUGUGCUGAGGUCGCAGCAUUCAUAUCCAGGUGCCACCCAUGGUCUCCACCAAACGUCCAGCAGUAGCAGUACUUCGAGCAGUACAAGCAACACAGUUCCAGCGUCACCAACAGCAUUAACUCAGAGUCAGGCCGCCAGUCAUCUCUUCGUCCAAACGAGGCAAUCUCAGGUCCUCGGACAACACCACGUCCAGUCAAAGCCCCCUCAGUCCCCAACCCAAUUAUACUCUAGGUCGUCCUCUACCUCGGAUUCUAGUCUGAAACAAAUAGCCCAGAGCAUCGACACGAAGCCCCCAAUCGGAAGGAUUUUCGAUAAAAAGGACGAUAGACCAGACCCAUCCUCACUGCCACCCUUCGCCUUUCGUGAUCGAGGCCACACUAUUUCUGUGAUGUCACCUGUAAAGCAGUCAAGGGAGUGGGAGAGCAUAAGAAGAGGUACAAAUCCACCGGCGAGAGUCAAAGAGGCGCCAAGAACUGGAAUAAAUCCCAGUUUUGUUUUUCUCCAGCUUUAUCACACCGCAUACUUCGGUGCCAGCAAUGAAAAGCCUCUGCUUGUCCCUCAGACGACUGCUGUCCAGAGAGCAGUGACGAAUCUCGACAGAAUUCAGCCCUACGAGACUCACAAAAUAGGCGUUCUCUACGUGGGUCCUGGUCAGACCUCGAACGAAGUAGAAAUUCUGGCGAAUCAGCACGGCUCAUUAAGGUACACUGAAUUCCUCCAGAGGCUGGGGACCCUCAUCAGACUCAGGGAUGCUGAUGAGAACGUUUUCCUCGGUGGUCUCGACAGAAAUGGCGAGAAUGGCAAUUUUGCCUACAUCUGGCAGGACGACGUCACCCAAGUUGCUUUUCACGUGGCGACACUCAUGCCCACUAAAUCCAGUGAUCCCAAGUGCACUUCUAAGAAACAACAUAUUGGGAAUAAUUAUGUUUCUGUGGUUUAUAAUGAGAGUGGGGAACAGUAUAAUAUACAGACGGUCAAGGGACAGUUCAAUUAUGCAUGUGUCGUGAUACAGCCUCUGGAUCAUGGGACCAAUCAGGUGACUGUGCAAGCUAGAGAGGAACUCGCUGAACAUAUUGGUCAUAGUGAACCGAAAAUCAUCUCUGAUCAGAAUCUCGCCAUCCUCUCCAGGCAGCUGGCGUUGCAUGCCAAUCUUGCUUCGAUGGUCUCUUCAUCCUUGAAACAAAACGGCCACAAUCCAUACGCAUCCAACUGGCUAGAACGUUUGCGUCACAUAAAACGACUGAGAAAACGUAUUCAGGACACAGCGAACAGUAAUCCGGAUGGUCCGAAUGAUGAGUCCUCGUCCAGGCCGAAUAAAAGAGUUCAGAUGGACGACUUCACCGAGUACACAACAUGAUUCAGCUUUGUGAUUUAUUGAUGGAGAUAUAUUUGCUGAUAUUUUUUUGUGCAAAAGAACA